UUUCGAAGUUUGCUGGUUCUAUACUUUCGCUGUCACCCUUUUUACUCGGAUUGCAGUCAAUUGUACGGUGUACCAGCAAAAGCGGUGCCACCAAGAAUGUUGCAAGCUGUCGAUGUCUGCGUAGCGGGAGCACAGUGAUGAUGAUUUGUCCAGCAAUGCAAAUAAAUAUUCUAGUCCAGACAUUUUAGGGGCGUUUUGCAAAGUGAGUGUAUUAAUAAUAUCGGUGCAACUUGUUAACGAGCGGAGAUAGUCGUUCCCUUCCUGUAAGCUACAGAUAAUUAUAUUGUAGCUGGAUAACUAGUUAAAAUGGGAUACAAUGUGUCACUGUGCUGUAUAGUUUAUGGUGUGGUUUACAUUGUAGCAUUCAACAAAACGAUUGUGUUCUGGAUGCGCAAUGUAUUACUUAGGUACAAUAGACGGCCAGCGACACUCCCUAAGAGAAGUCUAGACGGCUAACUUAAUAGCGUCAGGGAACAACAUUUUACAACAGAAACGGAUGUCGUAGUUACGUUAUCCCACAUAUAGCUUGUUGGUGUUAUUAUUCAAGGCUCUGAACUUACAUAUAGCCCACUAACAACUUGAGCAUCUUUAUGUUUUGAAGCCUUAUGGCAUUUUCCCACGGACUCAAAAGCAUCUCAGACAUUUGGCUCAUUGUUCCACCAAUAAAAUAAAAAAGUCUCUCAGCGGGUGUGUAAAGCAGGCUAGGCAACUGUAUACUGUAUUUAACGUUUUGCUUUGCUCAGCAGUCUUUGGUUGUGUCAGCAUAUGCAUCAACAAACACAUUUUCCACCAUUAAGUUUUUUUCCCCCAGGACAAGCACAGAAGCAUGGGACUAUAAUAUGAUGAUGUUAUGUGGAUAUUCUUCCAGUCUGACCUUUUUUGGUAGCUGUGUUCUUAUGGGUCACAUGUCAUACAGGUCCCACACUUGUUUUCUCAAACAAUGGUAGGAAAAGGGUCACUAAUGUUUCCUUCACUAGGACCUCUCCUAUAUGGAGUUCAGAUCCGCCUCGGCAGGUUCCCACACUAUGAGUUUGGGUUGUGCUGUGAGGUAAGCCAAGGCGACUCUCCCAUGUGUUUCUGUGGGACUGACUAUGCUGCUGUUGGUAGCACUGGUCAUGGUCUGUACUUACACUGUGGUAGCUGCCGACGAGGCUGAGAACACCAGCCACAAACCACCACUCCACUACAGCAGCCUCGCGCUGCCACAGCACCAUAUCCCCUACUUCCUCCACACUAACAAGAGAGUGGCCAGGCUUUGUCGAGAGGACCCACUCUGCCCUUUUAAAGAUGCUCUGCAGGAUGUGUCGUCCUGCUGGGGGUAUGAGAAGAACUGUGCCCCAGAGAACCGCUUUGGCUAUCCUGUCUGCACCAAGAUCGACUCUGGAUGGGCUAGCUCAGUGGAGGCAGCCCAGGAGCUGUUCUGGAAACAGGCAGACUUUGGUUAUGUCAUGGAGCGCCUCAGUGAGAUGAAGACCCUCUGCAAGGCCACCAAUCCUGGAGAUUCAUCUCUGAAAUGCUCCAGCCACACUCGCUUCUGCAGGGCGACCAAUCUGUACCUGGACCUGAGGAACCCUCGCAGGGGUCAUGAGAGGUAUAAGGAGGACUUUCUCCAGGAGGGGGAGAUUGGGGGGCGUUGCAGUCUGAACAGCCGAGCGCUGGCCGCAGAAGGAGAGCACAAGAGCCCUCUGCAGUCCUGGUAUGCUGAACUGCAGGCAUACACAGAGCUGGACUUCAACCCCACAGAUGAAGAGCAUUGUGACAUCAUCAUUGAGAAACCUACUGUAUUCAUGAAGCUUGACGCAGGGGUGAACAUGUACCAUCAUUUCUGUGACUUUGUCAACCUGUACAUUUCCCAGCACAUCAACAACUCCUUCAGCAGAAACAUCAAUAUCCUGAUGUGGGAUACGAGUUUUAGUGGAUAUGGGGAUCUGUUCAGUGAGACAUGGAAGGCUUUCUCUGACUAUGACAUCAUCCAUCUGAAAACAUUUGACACUAAAAGGGUGUGCUUCAAAGAUUCCGUGUUCUCCCUGCUCCCCAGGAUGAGAUAUGGGCUGUUCUAUAACACACCUUUGAUAUCUGACUGCUACAGUGAAGGGAUGUUCAAGGCCUUCUCCCAGCAUGUUCUAUAUCGACUCAGCGUUCCACAGGAUGGACCCAUGAAGGGGAGGAUUCGGGUGACGUUGUUGGCACGCAGCACAGACUACCGUAAGAUAUUGAACCAGCAGGAGCUCACAAACGCCCUGAAGACUGUGCCUCUACUUGAGGUCAGAGUGGUGGAUUACAAAUACAAGGACGUUCCGUUCCUGGAGCAGCUCAGCAUUACCCACAACUCUGACAUCUUCAUCGGGAUUCACGGGGCAGGACUUACUCAUCUGCUCUUCCUUCCUGAUUGGGCCGUCAUCUUUGAGCUAUAUAACUGUCAGGAUGAGAGCUGCUAUCGAGAUCUGGCUCGGCUACGGGGGAUUCGAUAUGUGACUUGGCAGAAAAGGGACAAAGUGCUCCCAGAAGAUAAGGGUCACCAUCCCACCCUGGGGGAUCAUCCGAAGUUCACCAACUACUCCUUUGACGUGGAGGAGUUCAUGCGUCUGGUGCUGGAAGCAGCAGACUACGUCCUGCACCACCCCAAGUGGCAGCCCCCACCCAGCCAUGAUGAACUGUAAGCCUGCACCACCCCAAGUGGCACCCAGCCAUGAUGAACUGUAAGCCUGCACCACCCCAAGUGGCAGCCCCCACCCAGCCAUGAUGAACUGUAAGCCUGCAUCACCCCAAGUGGCAGCCCCCACCCAGCCAUGAUGAACUGUAAGCCUGCACCACCCCAAGUGGCAGCCCCCACCCAGCCAUGAUGAACUGUAAGCCUGCAUCACCCCAAGUGGCAGCCCCCACCCAGCCAUGAUGAACUGUAAGCCUGCAUCACCCCAAGUGGCAGCCCCCACCCAGCCAUGAUGAACUGUAAGCCUGCAGCACCCGCCCAGCCAUGAUGAACUGUAAGCCUGCAGCCCCCACCCAGCCAUGAUGAACUGUAAGCCUGCAGCACCCGCCCAGCCAUGAUGAACUGUAAGCCUGCAGCCCCCACCCAGCCAUGAUGAACUGUAAGCCUGCAGCCCCCACCCAGCCAUGAUGAACUGUAAGCCUGCAGCACCCGCCCAGCCAUGAUGAACUGUAAGCCUGCAGCCCCCACCCAGCCAUGAUGAACUGUAAGCCUGCAGCCCCCACCUAGCCAUGAUGAACUGUAAGCCUGCAGCACCCGCCCAGCCAUGAUGAACUGUAAGCCUGCAGCCCCCACCCAGCCAUGAUGAACUGUAAGAGUGCAGCCCCCACCCAGCCAUGAUGAACUGUAAGCCUGCAGCACUCGCCCAGCCAUGAUGAACUGUAAGCCUGCAGCCCCCGCCCAGCCAUGAUGAACUGUAAGCCUGCAGCCCCCACCCAGCCAUGAUGAACUGUAAGCCUGCAGCCCCCACCCAGCCAUGAUGAACUGUAAGCCUGCAGCUCCCACUCAGCCAUGAUGAACUGUAAUCCUGCAGCCCCCACCCAGCCAUGAUGAACUGUAAGCCUGCAGCCCCCACCCAGCCAUGAUGAUCUGUAAGCCUGCAGCCCCCACCCAGCCAUGAUGAUCUGUAAGCCUGCAGCCCCCACUCAGCCAUGAUGAUCUGUAAGCCUGCAGCCCCCACUCAGCCAUGAUGAACUGUAAGCCUGCAGCCCCCACCCAGCCAUGAUGAUCUGUAAGCCUGCAGCCCCCACCCAGCCAUGAUGAUCUGUAAGCCUGCAGCCCCCACCCAGCCAUGAUGAACUGUAAGCCUGCAGCCCCCACCCAGCCAUGAUGACCUGUAAGCCUGCAGCCCCCACCCAGCCAUGAUGAUCUGUAAGCCUGCAGCCCCCACCCAGCCAUGAUGAGCUGUAAGCCUGCAGCCCCCACCCAGCCAUGAUGAUCUGUAAGCCUGCAGCCCCCACCCAGCCAUGAUGAACUGUAAGCCUGCAGCUCCCACCCAGCCAUGAUGACCUGUAAGCCUGCAGCCCCCACCCAGCCAUGAUGAAAUGUAAGCCUGCAGCACCCACCCAGCCAUGAUGAAAUGUAAGCCUGCAGCCCCCACCCAGCCAUGAUGAACUGUAAGCCUGCAGCUCCCACCCAGCCAUGAUGACCUGUAAGCCUGCAGCCCCCACCCAGCCAUGAUGAACUGUAAGCCUGCAGCUCCCACCCAGCCAUGAUGAUCUGUAGUAAGCCUGCAGCCCCCACCCAGCCAUGAUGAACUGGAAGCCUGCAGCUCCCACCCAGCCAUGAUGAAAUGUAAGCCUGCAGCCCCCACCCAGCCAUGAUGAACUGGAAGCCUGCAGCCCCCCCAGCCAUGAUGAAAUGUAAGCCUGCAGCCCCCACCCAGCCAUGAUGAACUGUAAGCCUGCAGCUCCCACCCAGCCAUGAUGAUCUGUAAGCCUGCAGCCCCCACCCAGCCAUGAUGAACUGUAAGCCUGCAGCCCCCACCCAGCCAUGAUGACCUGUAAGCCUGCAGCCCCCACCCAGCCAUGAUGACCUGUAAGCCUGCAGCCCCCACCCAGCCAUGAUGAACUGGAAGCCUGCAGCACGAGGACAGUUUGGUGAAGUCAAACACACGACUUAAACACAGUCAUCUUUUAAAUCUAAAAGUAUUUUUAAUUCUAGUUCUUGUAUAUUAUGAAGGUUUAAUUUAAGUUUACAACAUCACUUUUCAGCUAUUUAUUAUUUCAGUCUUUAACACAGCCUUCUAGGCCAACACAGCCCAAGGUGCAUCUCAGUAGCGAUAAUAAAGAGAAAUCAAAUGGCCGUGGCAAACUUAGAGUACCUGCUACCAUUUUCCUUGUUAGAGAACAGUAUAUGUGCUAUACAUACACUCCUUACAACAAAUGACUAUUUCUAUUACAAGCUGCCACUGGUGGUUGCCGUAAUGAUCAUUUGUUUACUUUCUAAAACAAUGGGUUUAUUUUCUGCAUUUUCUGAUUAAAGUGGUGUGUUAUAGACAGACAGGGAUGGAACUUUCAACAUGUUGUAAAUGUGACCAUUUUAUCAACCCCACAGAAUUGUCUUUGCAACUAUUUUGUCGUCACUACAUAUAGUAAACUUCCAGGAAAGGGAAAACACAACUGAUAUAAUCAAUCUAAAGCUGGAUGUUUUAUUUAUAAGUGAAAGGGAGUCAGACCUUUUGGUCAAUGUUUUGGAAAGUCUUGUAAGUCAUGUUAUAUUUCAAAGCCAUGGAAAUGUUUUGAAAUAAACAUUUUCAAAAGUG